CGAUAAUGCGUGCGGUCUCGGCGCCGCGUACGCAGCUCCGGCUUUUACAGACCGGGUUUCAGAGAGAGUCUGGUGCUCGCGCGCGGGGCAGGUGCCCGCCGCCAGAUCGUGCCAUCAAAUCUGCGGCGCAGGAGGCGAUCAAUGGGCGGCCGGAUGACUUCCACCCCUCCCGCCUCUUGGGCCGACCUGUUGUCGAGCCGCGAGCACGGCCACUUUCUUUCACCGCGGCCAAGCGGAGCAGUUUGGGCCCGCCCCGUCGGUCUCUCGUGGCUUGGCCGGCCAGCCACCGCCGUUGUUUGCCCCCGGGUGCACGUGCGCGCGCGGAAUACGCAGCAUCGUCUCCGGUCCGUUUGUCUGUCUCCUUGCGGAAACGCGUGCCGACUAUGCGAGGGGGCGUGACGAAGACGCCGUCGCCGUGUCGUCGUCUUCGCCCAACGGCGCGCUGGUUCUCGUUACGCUGGCCGUUGCGGCGGCUCGCGUUGUCCCUGGUCGCCCUGGCUGGUGCCGAGCGGUUCGCCGCCGGUGUCGCGUGUCGGACGUCCCGUCGUCGCAGCCGAUGCCCCCGCUUCCUUCCGUGGUGGUCGUGCCCGAGUUCGAGCGUUGCCGUCGAGGACAUGUCCUCGCUGGCGGUGCGGCUACUGCCUCGACUGGCUGCGGUGGCCGUGUGCCUGCUGUUCUGCUACGGCAUCCUCUACCGGAACAUGAAUAGCGGCCGACACCGGCCCGACAUGUCCUGGCUGCUGGCGCAGCAGAACCUGCGGCUACUCGUGCCCAACGACUCGCAGCCGCUGCUGGCCGCGCCGCGCCACCUGUGCCCCCGGUUCCUGCUGGUCGUCAUCUGCUCCGCGGUGGCCAACGGCGCCGCCCGGCGCGCCCUGCGCGAGACGUGGCUCCGCGACGCCGCGUCCCCUGCCGUGCGCGCCUUCUUCCUGCUGGGCCGCACGACGAACGCCUCGCUGCAGGAGCAGGUGCGCGCCGAGAGCGAGCUAUUCGGCGACAUCAUCGAGGCUGACUUCCUGGACACCUACAACAACCUCACCGUCAAGUCGGUAGUGCUGCUCAAGUGGGUGGACAAGCACUGCCCGCGCUCGCGCUACGUCCUCAAGACGGACGACGACAUGUACGUGAACGUGCAGAACCUGGUGAACCUUCUGCGCGCCAAGGGCGGCCGCCGCCUGCUCCUGGGAUGCCUCAUCCGCGGCGCGACCCCCGUGCGCGACUGGACCUCCAAGUGGUACGUGCCGCCGUUUGUGUACACGCAUCACACGUAUCCAGACUACCUGUCCGGCACCGGCUACGUCGUGUCCGGCGACGUGGUGGGUCCGCUGUACCGGGCGGCGCUCGACACGCCUUUCUUCUUCAUGGAGGACAUCUUCAUCACCGGCAUGGUGGCGCAGAAGCUGGGCCUCAAGCCCAACAACUCGAACGGCUUCAAGUUCUACAAGCGCAAAAACGAUCCGUGCCAGUUUCGCCGACUCAUUACGGCGCACUUGAUGACGCCCAGCGAAUUGCGUGCCAUGUGGACCAAGGUGCACGACACGACUAUCAAGUGCUCCUGAUGGUGACCGCAGGGCGCUCCUAGCCGUCGACCUCGUGGAGCGCCCCUUGUGAAAUCACGACUGCCGGCGCCGCCCCGAAGGCGGCCGCGCUUAGCUCGACGGCACUGGACACGUCGGUUGUGAGAGGGCCAGCAAUCGCGCAGUUCGGGUUGUGAGCGUCGCGCCGCGACAACUCCGCUAGUACUGCCCGCAUCAAUGGACGUUCGCCGUGAGCCCUGUGCAGGCGUUGCACGUCGGCGUCGCGUAUCGAUCUGCGUUUGUUGUCCAAGGGUUAAUGACUACCCUUAAAGGAGGUUCUCUGGAAAGCAUAAGUUAAAUGACGCCCUAAGGUGGUUAGUACAGAAAGGGGAAUAUCGUUAGCAUGACCUCCUAGCUCCGCCCAAUCUCGGAGGUCAUAUCGUUAGGCGAGAAGUUGCCGCGCCUAUUGUGCCAGUAUUCGUAGGAGUUCCGUUCGUUUAUUGCGUUCCGGAUACGUCAUUUUUUCUUUGACACACCAUGGCUCGUGUAUGUCCCGUUCAUAUUUAUAGGUUAGAUAGAAAAUGCGCGUAGCUGCGAAUUCAGAUUUAGGCCAUAUUGAACAAAAUGCGAUAGGCCACGUUGAAGGAAUUUUUUUAAAGGAGGAACUCGGUUAUGAUGUGUCAAUGAGAUCGCCCGUGAUGUGCUGCCAUCCAGGUGACUGAAAACAGCAGUAGUGAUUGUGGAGGAUACGCUGGUCAUUUUUAUUAUGGACACUCCAGGCGCAUUUUUGCUGUCGCCGUCGCCGUGAUGUUUCGUAUAAUUUCCAAGGGCGAUAACAUCAUCGCCGCGCGCCGUACGCUCUAUGUGCUAAUGAAAGCAUACGAGGGUGAGCCGACGAUGGUGGCUUAGUUUCACGCACGCAAGGGAGGAAAGCUAGAAGGAAGCGCGCCGUCUUCCGUCGCGUGCAAGGCACGGGGGUGAGGCAAGGGAGGGGGAGGGUGUUCUACUCUGGCGGCUGCUGUGUAUGGUGCGGCCGCGCGCGCCCUGUCUUGAAAGCGACCUGCGAGGGGGACAGAGUGCGCCGAAUGCUAAUAUAUUCGUGUGCGCUGUGUUCUAGCCGGUCGGUUCGCGUCACGCCACCGUUUUGACAGUGAAUUCCGCGCUCAUCGAGUGAGAUGUGUUCGUGUGUGCUUGUGCACACAUGACACCAUUUUUGUUAAUUUAAUUAGAAAGCGAAUGUCUACAAGUUCAUACAGCCGAUAGAACUGCUUUUCCUACUUCGUAUAGCUGUCUAUUAAUUAGCUAUCGCAAUUGAUGCUUCGCCUUUCAGGGGAAACUGCAAAUUUUUGCUGUUUUGCAGAGUGCGAAUAUCCUGUACGCCUUGGUCUUUUUCUUCGUUGUGAUGCCGCCUUUAUAUUGACGAAUGGUGACGAUAUCGUCGAUGUGAUAUAACGAAUCUAGUGCUACAGGCACAUGCGCAAGCGGUGACGCGCUUGCGUGGUGCUUCUUCGCCAGUGAUUCCAGCGUGUUCCUCUGUCGAGCGGAGCGCUUCCAGUGCACACAACUACUGUAAAGGACGAGCCACCUUGGUGCUUUGCUCGUGGUGUACCGUGCAGCCGAUGGACUGUUAAAGAGAACACUCGAAUGUAGAGCGCGCGCGGCUUUUUCCCUCUCGCCGGGACCUGCAGCGGAUUUUAUGUGUAUGGUCGCGUUGGUACCUUCCCACACGCUUGUACGGUGAAUUCACAUAGAGUCGUCACUUGCGAUUAGAGCGCCAGCAAAGUGAUAGCCGAACAUUGUGGUGUUCCAUUUAACAGUGCAUCGCACUGUACAGUGGAGGUUAUUAGAAAAACUGAAAUUGUGAACCUUCCAGCCGCCUUUCAGGACAGACGAAACGAGUAGCAAUCUUAGAGUUUAACAAGAAAAUAAAAACACACAGUAGAGGAAGGCCGCGCCCAACGCGGGCACUUUUUUUUUCCAAAAAUCAAGAAGAAAAAUUUUUACUUUAACACUGGAAUGAAAAUUAAUCGCUAAAGCAUUCGCUUUAUAUGCAUAGCGGAAUUUGAGUCUUCUGCAGUACUUUUCCCGAUGUUCAGUCAUCAUCCGCAGCUGGUUUGUGUCUAAUGAGAUCUAGUAUAAGCAUAAUUAACUAAUCAAAAGCCUCAGAAGCGUCAGGAUGAUGUACUUUCUGCGGCCAAUAGAAAGCUACGGAUAACGGUUCGCCUCCCAAGUUGGCGUCUGCCCGCCUUCAUUGCGUAGCGCUCCAAGAGUUCUUUUUAUAGCCUACUCGUCGUGCAGAGCGGAGUCCCUUAUCUCGGAGUACUUUGGAAACCCGCUCGCUCAUUGCAUAAUACAGGCCUAGGGACAGUUUCUCCCUAUUUUUUGUAAGUGCCAUGACUUGGAAACGCCCGUUGUGAUCGAAUUAUUGAAGUCAUUGGGCGAAGGGAGGGGGGGAGGGAAUGGACGGGUGUAGAGAGCCCGUUUGUGUCACUCGAAUAUUUUGUUUCGUUUUUUGAUUUAUAUAUUGUAUUUUUUUAGAGGGGUGGGGCGUGAAAUCCCACUCAGAAGCACCUAGGCACUGUGACGAAGGGAGAAGAAAGCAUUGCUUAGCAAGUUUCAUGACGCUUCGGAUAUUGUUGUUUUAUUUUUGUUUUGCUUUUGUUUUGUUUGCUUUCUUCGUUUACAGGAGCAGCGCCUCCUCAUCUUUCCUUUGCCAUGUUGCAACCACGCGGGCUUCACAUGUUGGCCCAAGUUGUUUUUAUGUCGUUCACACGAAGUAGUGGCGGUGCGUAUACUCACUGUAUGCAUUUCAACGUGUCACGAAUACUAGUAGGGAUGUUCUCUAUGUCACACACAGCGCACCACCAUGACAUGUUUGUACGUUGUUAUGAUAAAGAAUAUAGAAGACUUUAUAUGUACAAAUGAAAA